CAUGUGAUAAAAUUUCAGCUUGCUUUUACCUUUGGGAGAAGACGAAGUUUAUUCUCGAGAAGAAAACAAAGUUUUGUAGACUCGAGAGUGCUUUAAAAAUGGCUGAAUCCACGCAAAAUAUAAUGCAGUUCAUGACUGUUGUUAGCAAGUUGAAAUCUUUAAAGAGGACAGGAUGGGUGAAAUCUGGUAUUGCAAAUCCUGAACAUGUUGCAGAUCACAUGUACAUGAUGGCUGUUAUGACAUUUUUCAUUGAUGAAGAAGAUCUCAACUUGAGCAGAGAACGUUGCUUGAAACUUGCAUUGGUGCAUGACAUGGCAGAAUGCAUUGUUGGUGAUAUAACGCCUUUCUGUGGAGUGAGUAAAAAGGAAAAACAUGCCAUGGAACAAGAUGCCAUGACUAAAAUUUCACGACUGGCUGGAAAGGUUGGCAAAGAAUUAAUAUCUUUAUGGGAGGAAUACGAAUCACAAAGUACACCUGAAGCAAAGUUCGUUAAGAAUCUGGACCGUUUUGAUAUGAUCUUGCAAGCCUAUCAAUAUGAACAAGAAUCGGUGAAUGUUUGUGAUCUUCAAGAAUUUUUUGACUCUACAGAAGGCAAAUUUGAUCAUUGUUUGGUGAACACUUGGGUUACAGAAUUAAAAAAACAGCGCGUAAGGUUAAGAACUGAUCAAAACGGUAUUCAUCAUGACAAAACAAACCUUAAUUUAAAUGCAUAGUCUUCUUUUGUUUAUGUAGAAUUUUUGAAUUCAAAAGAAUAAGUUUUUUGUUUCUGCUAAAUAUUGAAUGUACGAGAAGAAUAACUGUCAUCUAAAAUACUCAAAA